AUCAUUUAAAUGGAACAAUCAGAGAAUAAUUAUCAGUUAUAGUUGUUUUGGAGCACUGAAACUUUGAUAAGACGAGUAAAACAAACAUUUUAAUCUUUGAAAACUAAUGGAAAAACAUUCUUCGUUAUUUUAAGUGACAGAAAAGGUGCGUAUACAUAACGAAGAAUCAAGCAUGAUAAGUCUUUGUUCGGGUUGAUAUUAAGAACACGGAUAGGAGCGCGUUGGUCAUAAAUGAGAGAUGAUAAUAAAGAGAUACAAUUUUAAUCAAAUUAUACAAGCUUUUCAGUUUCUUAAAAAAUCGGCAAUUAGCAAAAGAAUAAAGAAAAAUAAUAAUUCCGAGCAAAAUUAACACCACACACACUCAAACACAUCCGUUCCGGUGCACAACCGGAAGCCGACUAAGGCGCGAAACGGAAGAGCCCGAGCCGACUCGAGCCGAGCGCGGCCGACGCGACGUACGCUUUCCGCCACGUCGCGACAUCUGGCGGCAGUCUCCCCGAACUAAGUCUCUCCCUCUCCUCGGUGCGCACAUCGUACUCCGCCAUUGUUAACCUGCCUCGCGUUGCGCCGCUCCGCCGCUGCCGGAGAGACGACGUCGACGACAAGGACGACGAGGAGACGAGGACGACGCGCGGGCGUAUCGCGGUGUCGGCGAACCCAUUUCACGAAACGUCAAACGUCAAGCGUUGAUCGCUUAGCCGAGUGUCGCGUUUCGCGAGAAUCGCUUCAUUACGCUUUUGUGCAUCUCGUCGAAACACCUCGUCCAGAAGGUGGGAGCGAGAAGGAAAGGGAGAAAGAGAGAGAGAGAGAGAGGACGAGGAGGGGAGCACGAGAGAGAGAAGAGCGCCCUGGCCACUCGCGAAGGAUCGUCCUGUACGUUCCCUUCUGUCACCUUCGUGCCAAGGCCGAUACGAAUCGCGCGUCCCGACCGAUGUCUUCUUGUCGACGGAUUCAACCCGGUGACGGUACCACGAGCGUGUUGUGCGUCCGUUGUUAGUUGUGCAUCAUGUGAUUGCUUCCCCAGGGUAUCAUCUACGCCACGGUGACGGAUACUCCGUGUGAAGGAUGCAGGAACCGUCGUUCCCGCGCCGAAAAGGGCUCCUCACCCCAGUGUCGGUGUUGGUGCUGCUGAUACUACCAUUGGUGGAUCUACCCUCCGCAAACGGAUGCGAGUUUCCAUCAAGUUGGACGGGAGAAUGGUACCAGUAUGGCAAACCCUCACCAUUAUUCAAUAUAAAUUCAACCGUUUUCGGAGAUAAAGUUUGCGUCGAAAGAAUGGACGACAAAUAUGUCGUUUUUAAUAGCUUGGACAACUGUUAUCACUGUAUGAUUAUCAACGGACGACAUGAGAACGUUAUUCAAUAUCGUGACAACGACGCCUUCUGUUACGCGGAUCGGAAGAAUGUGGAAGACAUAUGCGCUCAGAUGACCUCGGAUGACACCCUCUUCUCGAUAUUCCGAAGGCACUCCAAACCGAUAUCCUGCCCCUUUAGCGGAUCGUCGUUCACCUUCACGUACAGUCGAAAUUACCGCGAGUGUAAUACGCCUACAAGUCUCGCAGAGAAGUGUACAGAUGAGAGUAAACUUCUCCUCAAGUACCAGGCCUGUCCGGACAUCGAAGGGACCGAGAGUAACAUUGAGGAGCUGCAAUGCCUUGCCGUUUGGAAUGAUGGUCGAAAUAAAUAUCUAAUGGGAACACUGAACACGAGGAGCGUUACGAGUGAAAAGAUGUACAGGUGUUUUCUGUAUGAAGAAAAGCUUCAUCAUCAGGGAAAGGCGAUUUGGCUUGCCCAGUCUGGUGAUCCAACUUGUAAUGGUUUAACCACCGUUUCUGAGGGUUCACCAACUAUAAAACUUACUAAAGCCGACAAAGAACACAGUAGAUGUAAAUAUCCAUCCUGGGUAACUCAGCAUCAUGACUGGCAUUCUCUCGAUGGUACGAAGGACUAUCAUUUCACGAAUAAGAACGCCACUCUAAAAAUAAAGGCGCAGGGUGCCAAUGGUGAAACAUUUCGUGAAGAAAAAAUCGUUUGUCAUAACUUAGAAAAGCUGUAUAUAAACGACAACAUGCAGGGGAAUAAAGUGAAACUAGUUGCUCAUGUAACCAGCGGCUGCGACAUUGGUUACGUUUGCAUGAUAUUCCAUAAAAGAGACAGUAAUAUUAUUGAGAUCCAGCAAUCAGAUCAAAAAGCGAUUAUGCCAGACGAGGCGUGCUCCAUCUCCGAUCCUUCCACGAUGCCGUAUACAACCUUAAUAACCGCGUCCUUGCAUCAGAGAAAAUGUCCUAAUCCAGGACGAUACGAAAUCCUAGAUUUUGCUCAGUCGCAUGUGUUGUCGGGUGCCAUGUUAAGGCGACAGCGGCGUAGCGACUUAUUAAGGUCGAUCAAAAGACGAACACCUUGGCAUGACCCCGAGGAUGUGGAAUGUAGGAAUACGGAUAUUCAAAUAGGCUGCACCUCAUCAGAUCAAACCGAAAUGAUAAUAGCCAAUACGUGCGAACACGAAGAAAUUGCCUAUUUUUGUCACGGCAGUUGGGAAGAGAAAGGAAUGUGGCACACGAUAGUGUCACAACGGAAUUCCGAAUUCCCAGUCAGCCCGGGGCAAACGUUUUGUUUUUCUAUGCGUCUUGAAGGGCCCAGAGUUUCGGAAAGAGGCAACAGGCAGAAGCAACAAGAGCAAGAAUUACUGCUGUCUAGGCCAUCGCGUACUUGUCAGAGAGAACUCAAGAAUGAAUAUACGUAUAGACUGUCAAAUCAAGGGGUGUGCGAAGAUUUAACAAAGGCAGCUUCUAGUGCAGCCUUUACUCCAUCGUUGUCCCAUCCUUUGUUUGUCUUAAGCAUAGCAGCUUACGUCGCUAUUAAUACGCUACGCGUAUUACUCUGGAGAUGAUCUGCAGCUGUUACGUAAGAACUUGAGGUACUAUAAUUUCCAGCACGAAUUCUCAGGUAUUGCGUGUUUCUGGAAGUGUACAUAGCUUACAUA